UUUAAAAAUCCCUCAACAUCUGGAGCGUCUCUCCCAAAAGUCCCAAUGAUUCAUCCACUCAAGUUCAGACCCCGCCUUGUUUGUCCUGGAGCCUAAGCUUGCAUCUGCCCAGACAGUUUGCUGAAAAGUGUAGCCUAAAUUGGAGAGAUAGUUUACGCUUUAUGAUGACUAAGACAUGAUUUUAUUGACCUGGGCUUAUGUUAAGUUUUGUCAAAACUAUUUCCGGAAGUAUUCUCUCGUCACAAAGUCUGCUUUUCCAUCAGUUUACUAACGACUGUUUUUUCUUGAGUAGCAUUAAGCUAAAUGACAACAACAUAACAACAACCAAAAAGUUUUCAUAAAAAGUACAUGUUGGGGGAGGACUGCAAAGACCAUAAUGCAACCGAACAAAACAUCAUCUCCCUUAACUACGGCUUUUUGGCACGCCCAAGUGGGAGGCCAAUCUGAAAAAGCUCAUUGUGUUGAACUGUGAUUGAAUGUAGUGUGCGGUGCAGUGUGGAUCCUGAACUGUAUCUGUUGGUCAGCAUUGCAAGGAUUAACAGGCAACACAGACAGGGAACCGCUUAGCCUGAAUCAUGCACAUCGUCACCAUAACAGCAAACUGGGAGUGGUGCAGAAAUUGUGCAAGAUACGGAUAAGACACGUUUUUGAUUUCAUUGCGCGGUUGCCUAAGUUGCUGCCGAAUUCCCCCCGAACGUUAUAAUGCUUGAGGAAAACUCUUGUCUUCGGAUAAGUCGCCUUUUACUGGUUGCGCCUUGUGUGUGUCGGUGUGAAGUGAUCAGGCUGGGAUAGAACUGGAGAAUUAGGGAGUUCUCCUUCCAAUAACGGAUACCUUUUUAUUUUACUCUCCGUGAUUUUUGAAGUGGAGGACGAGAAGAGAAGGGGACUGAAGUAGCCAAACCACCUUGAAACAUGGGGAACGCAGGGAGUAUGGACCAACAAACUGACUUCAGGGCACAUAACAUGCCUUUAAAACUGCCCAUGCCGGAGCCAGGAGAAUUAGAGGAACGAUUUGCAGUCGUUUUGAAUUCUAUGAACCUCCCACCAGACAAAGCCCGACUCCUGCGGCAGUAUGACAACGAGAAGAAAUGGGAACUGAUUUGUGAUCAAGAACGGUUUCAAGUGAAGAAUCCCCCACACACAUACAUUGAGAAGCUCAAGAGCUAUCUGGACCCGGCCGUCACCAGGAAGAAAUUCCGCAGGCGAGUGCAGGAGUCGACCCAAGUCCUCAGAGAACUGGAAAUUUCAUUACGCACCAAUCAUAUAGGGUGGGUGCGGGAGUUCCUCAACGAAGAGAAUAAAGGGCUGGACGUGCUGGUGGACUAUCUGGCUUUUGCACAGUUUGCCGUCACGUUUGAUGGUGAGAAUGCCCUGGAGAAUGGCACAGACGGCAUGGCCGACAAGCCCAAGCCCUGGAGCCGCUCCAUCGAGGACCUGCACGGAGGCAACCUGCCUUCCUCCAUCGGCGGCAACAGCAUAUCCAGAGCCGGGAGGCACUCCACGCUACGGUGUAACACGUUGCCGACCCGGCGGACGCUGAAAAACUCGCGGCUGGUCUGCAAGAAGGACGACGUUCACGUGUGCAUCAUGUGCCUGCGCGCCAUCAUGAACUACCAGUACGGCUUCAAUAUGGUUAUGUCCCACCCCCAUGCUGUGAAUGAAAUUGCACUAAGUUUGAACAAUAAGAAUCCAAGAACUAAAGCUCUGGUGCUGGAGCUGCUAGCUGCCGUAUGUCUCGUGAGAGGGGGCCACGAAAUCAUCCUCUCCGCGUUCGACAACUUUAAAGAAGUCUGGGCGGAAACUCAGAGGUUUGAGAAGCUAAUGGAGUAUUUCAAGAACGAGGACAAUAACAUCGACUUCAUGGUGGCGUGCAUGCAGUUCAUCAACAUCGUGGUGCACUCGGUCGAGGACAUGAACUUCAGGGUGCACCUGCAGUUUGACUUCACCAAGCUCUCUCUGGAUGAGUAUCUAGAUAAGCUAAAGCACACAGAGAGUGAUAAGCUACAGGUGCAGAUCCAGGCCUACCUGGACAACGUGUUUGACGUGGGCGCUCUGCUGGAGGACGCCGAGACCAAGAACGCCGCGCUGGAGCGCGUCGAAGAGCUGGAGGAGAGCAUGUCUCAUAUGACGGAGAAGCUGCAGGACACGGAGAACGAGGCCAUGUCCAAGAUCGUGGAGCUGGAGAUGCAGCUGAUGCACCGCAACAAGGAGCUGGAUUCCAUACGGGACGUGUACAAGGACACGAGCGCGCAGGUGCACACGCUGCGGCGGAUAGUGAAGGAGAAGGACGACGCGCUCCUGCGGCAGGGCACCCUGGAGAAGAAGAUCCACGAGCUGGAGCGCCAGGGCACCAUCAAGAUCCACAAGAAGAGCGACGGCGACAUCGCCAUCCUCACCGCGCCCGGCGUUGUCGCCGGCGGCGCCCACCUCCUGCCGCACGGCAGCGAGGGCGUGUACGCGGGGGGAGCCAUCAGCCCCGGCGGAACCAACGGCAUGGUGCUCGGCCCAUCACCACCCCCGCCGCCACCCCCACCCCCUCCCCCACUGCAAGUGCCUGGCUCAGUGCCAAAUGGGCCGUCGGCGGCCCCCGCUCCCCCUCCUCCGCCUCCGCCCCCUCCUCCUCCUCCUCCUCCUCCUCCUCCCGGUCCUGAGAUCUCGGGCCCAAUGCCCCCACCCCCACCACCCAUGGCCCCCCCUCUGCCCGGCUGUGGAACCCCCACCGUCAUCUUCAACUCAGGGUUAGCAGCUGUUAAGAUUAAGAAGCCAAUCAAGACCAAGUUCCGCCUGCCGGUCUUCAACUGGGUGGCACUGAAGCCCAACCAGAUCAACGGCACCGUCUUUAAUGAGAUUGACGACGAGAGGAUCCUAGAGGAUCUGAAUGUAGACGAGUUUGAGGAGAUGUUCAAGACCAAAGCCCAGGGUCCGGCCAUCGACCUGACCUCGAGCAAGCAGAAGUCCAUCCAGAAGGGCCCCAACAAGGUGUCUCUGCUAGACUCCAACCGGGCCAAGAACCUGGCCAUCACCCUGAGAAAAGUGGGCAAGAUGCCUGAGGAGAUUUGCAAGGGCAUUCAGAUGUUCGACCUGCGCACUCUGCCGGUGGACUUCGUGGAGUGCCUGAUGCGCUUCCUGCCCACGGAGCACGAGGUGAAGGCGAUGCGCCAGUACGAGAAGGAGCGCAAGCCGCUGGAGAGCCUGGCGGACGAGGACCGCUUCAUGAUGCAGUUCAGCAAGAUCGAGCGCCUCAUGCAGAAGAUGACCAUCAUGUCCUUCUUAGGGAACUUCACCGAGAGCGUGCAGAUGCUGACACCGCAACUCCAUGCAGUAAUUGCGGCGUCCGUGUCGAUCAAAAACUCCCAAAAGCUCAAGAAGAUUCUGGAAAUCAUUUUGGCUCUUGGAAACUACAUGAACAGCAGUAAAAGAGGAGCGGUGUAUGGUUUUAAACUCCAGAGUUUAGAUUUGCUGUUAGACACUAAAUCAACGGACCGCAAAUUAACACUGCUUCACUACAUCGCUAACGUGGUAAAGGAGAAGUACCAGCAGGUGUCCCUUUUCUACAACGAGCUGCACUACAUAGAGAAGGCCGCAGCAGUAUCAUUAGAUAAUGUGCUGCUGGAUGUGAGGGAGCUCCAGAGGGGCAUGGACCUGACCAAGAGGGAGUAUCAGAUGCACGGCACCAACACUCUCCUCAGGGACUUCAUCGCCCUGAACGAGGGCAAGCUCAAGAAACUGCAGGAAGAUGCUAAGGUUGCACAGGAAGCUUUUGACGAGGCCGUGAAGUUCUACGGGGAGAACGCCAAGACGACACCUCCCUCUGUCUUCUUCCCCGUGUUUGUGCGCUUUGUCAGGGCCUACAGGCAAGCGGAGGAGGACAAUGAGAGUCGGAAGAGGCACGAGCAGAUGAUGAUGGAGAGACUGCUGGAGCAGGAGGCCAUGAGUGAACAGGAGAACCAGAAGUCACCGUCCCAAAAGAAUAAGCGUCAGCAGCAGGAUCUGAUACAUGAGCUGAGGAAGAAGCAGGUGAAGGACAGCAGGCACGUCUACGAGGGCAAAGACGGCGCCAUUGAAGACAUCAUCACGGAUCUUCGCAAUCAGCCGUACAGACGAGCCGACGCGGUGAGGAGGAGCGUGAGGAGGCGCUUUGAUGAUCAGAACCUGCGGCCGCUCAAUAACUCAGAGGUGGUGAUGUGAGGGAUGAGAGUAUGUGAUAUGGGGGAGAAAGGGGGCGAGAGAACGAGAGGGGGAGAGGGUGAGAAAGAAAGGAGGAAGAGGAAAGGGCGGAUGCCUCAGGAUGAAGGACCGUGAACGGAUAGGGAUUGAGGAAGAUGGGGUCUGGGAGGUCACACAAUGGGGAACUCAAGACAAGCCAAGUGCCUGAACUUAAUGAUUUGUUUUUUUUCUGUGCGGAUACGAUCAAAAUGUUUUUGACUUUGUUCGGAUAUUGUGUUUACUUCAAGUACUGACUUGAUCUGGCUUUAAACUUUUUGUCAUUGUUUUCGUUUUCCUACUUGUAAAACUGGACACAUAAGAACACGGUUGUUUUUAAUGCUUUACCUCCGUUUGGUUUAACUCUUAGAAAGAACACAAUGUCAAAGACAUACUUCUGUAAGCAUGAACAUUACUCCAACAAAGGUCGCCAUACUAUGAAAUCCGAUAGUAUCUUCUUACAUUCCGGUGCCAUCGCCAUCAUGCUUGGAUCAUUCCAAGUGCUCGAGCAGCACUUCAAAACAACAUUUCCCCCCUUCUAUUCAAGGGCUACUUUUUAUAAGAGGAAUAUAUCCUGCUUCCAGCCAUCCAAACCAGUACGCUUAAGUCGAAGUGCAGCAUGUUGUAUGUUUGUAUGUAACACACCAGGCAGACGUUCUGCUGAAGCAGGAGGAGCAGAGGAAGUGGCAGAGGGAGCGCAGGAGAUGAUGGGUGGGGGGGGGGGCAGAUGUAAGGGUUAGGGUGGAUGGGACAAGGCCAAUGUGGACUGUACACAAUCGCAGGCCGCCAACGCUAAGGCUCUGGCCUUGCCUUUAUCAGUGUUAACAUGGGUUAGUGGACCAAACCGUAUAAAUGGGCCGACGCUGGAGGAGCUCGUAGCAGAUCACCAUCUCAAGUUAGAGAGGGAAGUGGCCACUCAUUGAACCUGUGCGAAUAAGAACAGGAUGAAAUCAUAAGAGUGAUGGAGAGAGAGAGAGAGAGAUUAGAGACGUAGAUGAGUGUACUGUAGGAUUACAGUUCAUAGCGCUCACUGAAUUGAACACGCAAAAGGCUCGUUACAAAACCAAAUCGGGAGGAGAAACUGGAUUCUGAUUUUCCGCAGUCUGGAAAAAAAAAAAAAGCUGCCUUCAAGAAUGGAGGCACUCGUGUCCACCACUCAUGAUUUUAUUGUAUAGUAUUUAACCACUAAGACCAUUAGCCAUUCAUUCCGUUCAGCUACACUUGAUGGGAGUGCCAGUCCAUAUCACCAUUAAGUUCUAUUAAAUACUACAAGUGAAAACAAACAAAAAAAAUCUAAAUGUACAGAUAUUUUGCUACAAAAUGUUUUUUUUUAACUUUUACCUUUUAAUCCACUCAUUUGCAAAAAAGGAUAAUAUUGUACAUAUUGUUUAAAACAACACCCUGUGCUAUACAUCUUGAAUGUUAUUUUAACUUAUAGUUUUUUUUGUCGUUUCAUUUUGUGUAUUAAAUUAAGCUGAGAACAUGAAUCUGGCUAAUAGCGGGUUGAUGGAAGCGGUCAUGCAUCAUGAUCGACCAACAUCACGGAGGAAUGGGACAGUUUGUCUGGACUACAAAGGUUGUAGAGGCCAUAAACAUUAUAGUGCAACCAUCUGCUGUCUUAACACAUUCAACUUCAUCCUAUAGACUGGGUUAAUAACUGGCAUGUUUUUAUUUUAUUUUGUUUUGAUCAGAAAUGUAUUUUAGCCAGUAAAAAAUAUGUGUAUCACAAAAAUACUUUUUAAUAACAGAUCUCUAAGUUAGAUCCAUGAUUUCUCAAUGACUAUGAUUAAAUAAAAGUAUUUACACUACCAUAA